AAAGUUCCCAAAGCGUCAAGAGAAAAAUAAAAAGAAAUAUUUAAAAAUCUGCGACACUCUUCCACCCCCAACCCCUCUCAUAACCUCGAUCGCACCCAAACCCCCUCAGCCCCCCAAAAUCCACCCCCAUCCCCCGCGCAUUUUACUGAAGAAGAAGAUGGAACACGGUGACGAAAUUGGCGGAGAACAUCAGGAGAAACAUGAUGAUGAGGGAAGACACGAUGACGAGUAUCCGGUGCAGGAAGCUGCUGCUCGUCUCGAGGAAUUUAAGAAAUCCGUUGAAGCAAAGAUGGCGCUGCGGCAGAGUAAUUUGAACCCUGACAGGCCUGACUCAGGCUUUCUCAGGACGUUGGAUUCUAGCAUCAAGCGCAACACAGCAGUCAUUAAAAAAUUAAAGCAGAUCAAUGAAGAGCAGAGAGAAGGUUUAAUGGAUGAAUUGCGCAGUGUCAAUUUAAGCAAGUUUGUCAGUGAAGCAGUAACCGCAAUCUGUGAUGCAAAGCUUAAAUCUGCUGACAUACAAUCUGCUGUACAGAUUUGUUCUUUGCUCCAUCAAAGGUACAAGGACUUCUCGCCCAGUCUUGUUCAAGGUCUCUUAAAGGUCUUUGCACCUGGAAAAUCUGCAGAGGAUUUAGACGCAGACAAAAAUUCAAGGGCCAUGAAGAAGCGGAGUACUUUGAAGCUCCUUUUGGAACUUUACUUUGUUGGUGUUGUAGAAGAUAGUGGCAUCUUUGUAAAUAUCAUUAAGGAUCUAACAAGCACCGAGCAUCUGAAAGAUCGUGAUGCAACCCAGGCAAAUUUGUCUCUUCUUGCUAGUUUUGCUCGGCAAGGAAGGUUUCUUCUGGGUCUUCCACUAACUGACCAAGAUAUUCUUGAAGAGUUUAUGAAGGGUCUUAAUAUUACACCAGACCAGAAAAAAUUCUUCCGCAAAGCAUUUCAAACUUACUACGAUACUGCUGUGGAACUUCUUCAGGCUGAACAUGCUUCACUUCGCCAAAUGGAGCAUGAAAAUGCAAAGAUUUUGAAUGCCAAAGGUGAAUUAAGCGAGGAAAAUGCCUCUUCAUACGAAAAGCUGCGGAAAUCACAUGACAAUCUAAGUCGUGGCGUCUCCUCUUUAGCGGAAGCACUUGAUAUGCAACCUCCUGUGAUGCCAGAGGAUGGUCAUACAACCAGAGUCACAUCAGGAGAGGAUGUUUUAUCUCCUGUUGCAGGAAAAGAUUCUUCUGCACUUGAAGCCCUAUGGGAUGAUGAAGACACUAGAGCUUUCUACGAAUGCCUUCCAGACCUUAGAGCAUUUGUUCCUGCAGUGUUGCUGGGAGAGGCAGAACCAAAGUUGACUGAGCAAUCUUCAAAGACACAGGAACUACCAAUUGAUACGGCUCCUGAAUCUGACAAAGGUCAGGUAGCUACACAAGAAAGUCCCGAGGUUUCUUCUGAUUCUGGAAUUGUACUGGAAGAUAAAGAUGGCAAAGAUAAGGAUAAAGAAGAAAAGGACAAAGAGAAGGGAAAAGAGAAGGAUGCUGAAAGAAGAGUAGAAGGUGAAAAGGAUCGAACUAAAGGUCUUGAUGGAACAAAUCUUGAAGGUUUGCUGCAUAGGCUUCCCAGCUGUGUGAGCCGUGACCUGAUUGACCAGUUGACUGUAGAGUUUUGCUAUUUGAAUUCAAAGUCCAAUAGGAAGAAGCUUGUGAGGGCUUUGUUCAAUGUUCCAAGGACAUCUCUGGAGCUGUUGCCAUACUAUUCACGCAUGGUUGCUACGCUGUCUACUUGUAUGAAAGAUGUAUCAACCAUGCUCUUACAGUUGUUGGAAGAAGAAUUCAACACUUUAACAAAUAAGAAGGAUCAAAUGAAUAUUGAGACAAAAAUCAGGAACAUCCGGUUUAUUGGAGAACUAUGCAAGUUUAAGAUUGCUCCAGCUGGCCUUGUUUUUAGCUGUCUAAAGGCUUGUUUGGAUGAUUUUACCCAUCAUAACAUUGAUGUUGCUUGCAAUCUCCUGGAGACAUGUGGUCGCUUUCUUUACCGGUCUCCUGAGACCACUGUGCGCAUGUCGAAUAUGUUAGAGAUACUGAUGCGUUUGAAAAAUGUAAAAAAUUUGGAUCCCCGUCAGAGUACCUUAGUGGAAAAUGCUUAUUACUUGUGUAAACCACCAGAAAGAUCGGCUCGAGUCUCUAAAGUUCGUCCUCCUCUGCAUCAGUAUAUUAGGAAACUACUUUUCUCGGAUCUUGAUAAGUCUUCGAUCGAACAUGUGCUGCGACAGUUACGUAAGCUACCUUGGAACGAAUGCCAGCCAUACCUUUUGAAGUGUUUUUUGAAGGUUCACAAGGGCAAAUAUGGUCAAAUUCAUUUGAUUGCAUCACUCACUGCUGGUCUGAGUCGAUAUCAUGAUGACUUUGCAGUUGCUGUUGUUGAUGAGGUAUUGGAGGAAAUUAGACUGGGAUUAGAGCUGAAUGAGUAUGGGAUGCAGCAACAGCGCAUUGCAUACAUGCGUUUCUUAGGGGAACUGUACAAUUAUGAACUCGUAGAUUCAUCUGUUAUUUUUGAUACACUCUAUCUGAUUCUUGCUUUUGGCCAUGGGACUACAGAGCAAGAUAUAUUGGAUCCUCCAGAGGACUGUUUCCGAAUCAGAAUGGUUGUCACACUUCUUGAGACGUGUGGGCAUUAUUUUGAUAGAGGUUCAUCAAAGAGGAAGCUCGAUCGGUUCUUGAUUCAUUUCCAAAGAUACAUCCUGAGCAAAGGUGCCCUUCCCCUGGAUAUUGAAUUUGAUCUGCAGGAUUUAUUUGUUGAACUGAGACCAAACAUGAUUAGAUAUUCAUCCUUUGAGGAGGUUAACGCUGCUCUAGUUGAACUUGAGGAGCUUGAGCGCAGGGUUUCAACAGAAAAGGCUCAGAAUGAGAAGGACUCCGAAAAACCUCCUAGCAGGGCAAAUUCUGGCUCUGGCUCUGUAUCUGUGAAUGGACAAAGUUUUGCAAAUGGCACUGAGGAAAAUGGUGAACCGCAUGAAGAUGUUGGGGCGACCGAUAGUGACUCUGGUAGUGGAACCACUGAGCACAUUGAUCAUGAUGACGAAGAAACGGAUGGAGACAAUCAAGAUGAGGGCUGUGAAAGUGAAGAUGAUUAUGAUGAUGGAGGUGAUCCUGCUUCUGAUGAAGACGAUGAGGUACAUGUUAGGCAGAGGGUGGCAGAGGUAGACCCACAGGAGGCAGCUGAUUUUGACCGAGAACUGCGGGCUCUCAUGCAGGAAAGCUUGGAUUCAAGAAAGUUGGAGUUGCGCUCACGCCCAACAAUAAAUAUGAUGAUACCAAUGAAUGUGUUCGAGGGCACUGCCAAGGAACACCAUGGAAGAGGGACUGAAGGUGAAAGUGGAGACGAGACAACAGAUGAAAGCUCUGGAGGAACCAAGGAAAUCCGGGUGAAGGUACUUGUAAAACGUGGCAACAAACAACAGACAAAGCAGAUGUAUAUUCCUCGUGAUUGCUCUCUGGUUCAGAGCACAAAACAGAAAGAAGCAGCUGAGCUUGAAGAAAAACAAGACAUAAAGCGGCUUGUCCUAGAAUACAACGAUAGAGAAGAGGAGGAACUCAAUGGAGGGACUCAACCACUAAACUGGACUCAAAGUGGCGGCAGGGUUACCAACAGGGGGCAUACAUGGGAUGGACACAAUAGGAGUGGUGGAUCACGUCAUCGGCAUAUUUAUCAUUCUGGUGCAGGGGUUUACUAUGGCAGGAGAAGAUAAUUCCUCUGCAAGUAAAAAGAUGAAUGGCAAUAGAAAUUGAAGUCAGCUAAGUUCUAUCCCUCAGUAGAGGGUUUACUACGCAGGAGAAGAUAUUUCCUCCCACAAGCAGAUUGCAGGAAAGCAGAAGUGUGGCCACCGUUCUACUUGGCUAGCUAUUUUUGGCUGAAGAAUUGCUCAUCGAGCUUAUGGUCCUACGAUGCUUGGACGUAUCUUGUGUUCAUAUUGUUAAUAGGUGAUAAGAUAUGAAAAUCACCAUUGGCAUCGAGGGGUUGCUUCUGAAUGAGAGGUGUGAAUAUGGUUUGUGUAAAAGCAAUAUGCUAGUGGUUAUCUAUGUUUGGCAUUUGUAGCUGCCCGAUGUCAGCUGUCCUACUUGGGUGGGUUAUUUGAAGAAAUGUAGCUUUGUAGCCGGGAGACAACUGAACGUCCUAUUUUAUUUGAAGAAAUGUAGCUUUGUAGCUGGGAGACAACUGAAUGUCCUUCAUAUGUUAAUACAUAAAUGCAUUGCUGGUUUCAGAAGAAUCAGAACUCUUGCAUGCAUAUGCCUUAUCAAGCAACUCUGUUCGUUCCUGUUGAGCUGCUGAAUUUGAAUGAUUUCCACUGUUCUAACAAAUGUACAACUUUUAUAGUA